AGACCUGAGAGAGAGAGAGAGAGUGACGGCGAGUGUUUAGAAGGGUGUGUUCAUACAUGCACCUCCUUUCCUCUGAUCUUUAUUAGUUCCAACACUCAAUUCUCACCUUCAAUACUUACAGCAAACUCUAAACUCUACUAUACACCCUCUGGAUUCACAUAGAGCGAUGGGGAUGUGGAUUAUUCUGAUGGGUCUCGCCUCUGCAUUACUGGUCUCCUCCAGAUCAGAAGAUAAAGGUACCAAAGUUGUGCGCUCACGGAGCUGCAGCUAUGUUGGAGUGUUCCAUGUGGAGGGCAGAGAUCGCUACAGCCUGACGUUUGACGAGGCCGAGAGGUUGUGUGAGGAUUUAUCCUCGUCAUUAGCCAGUCUAGAGCAGGUGGAAAAAGCCUUCAAAAAAGGACUACAGACAUGCAGGUAUGGAUGGAUAAACAGCACAGAGGUGGUGAUAGUCCGUCACAAGCCAAAUCAAAACUGUGCUGGCAACCAAACGGGCAUAAUCAAUAAAACUGCAGACAGAAAAAAAUUUGACGCCUUCUGUUAUGAUGCUAAAGAUACGUCAGACGUGAACUGCGCAGCUCUGAUUGACCCCGGCAGCUCAGACAAAUCAGAUCCCGAGCCUGACCCUGUCGCAGCAUUUACAGGUACAACAGUUAUCAAGGACGACAGUACGACAGUUACCCCAGAAGUUGCAACACACCGACCAAAUGCUGGAGGAGUAGAUUCUGAAAACUCAACAUCUGAAGACACAUCUGUAUCUGAGUCUUCUACUCCAGUUCACUGGAUGCAGACCAGUCCCACGCAGAGCCCUGUGGAACAGAACCACACCGAUCAAAUGGACGAUCAGACCUACCAGGAUGUGGAUAUGGAGAAUUUCACAACCUCACCUCCAAAUCCAGAAACCACAAGGCUGGGAGUGGGUGAGACAGCGUCCACCAGUCAAACACCAGCAAAUAAAGCAGAACACGCCACCCCAAACAACGGCUCUAUAGACUGGCUGAUCAUUUUACUCACCAUUUUGGCAGUUCUUCUCAUUCUGCUUUUCUGUGUCAUUGUAGCGAACAGAAAAAGAUGGUGUGGCAAGAAAAAGACUCUGAUUAUUACAAAUGAGAGCCGCAGUGAAGAAAAUGGUGCCUCGUCCACUAAGAAUCAUGAGAUGGUCAAACUCGUGAACACUGAGAACAUCGCAGAGAACGGCAAUUCAGAGCUCAUCGACAUCGGUCUGGAUAAGUGAACGUAGAAAAUCUAGAAGGCAUAAGAAAGAGAACACCUUACCUAACACCUUACAAUACAGAUGCACUAAUAUGCCUUAAAGGGGUCAUCAGAUGCAAAAUUCACUUUUACAUGUUUGAGCGUUAAUGUGAGUUGGCAGUGUGUGUACGCAACCACCCUAUAAUGAUACAAAUCCUGCUGAAGAUGCAGUGGAUUACAUUUGUUUUUGAAGGGAGCGCGCUCCCGAUCUACCUAAAUGCGUGUAUGUUCGCGUAAAUCAUUCAUGAUCCGGUUUCACCUACAGAAGGAGUAAACCUUUUUUUUUUUUUAAUGUAUAUUUGCAAAUCACUUUUCCUAAUAAUGUGCUAGUUAGCAAGUUCUGCAGCUAAAUUGGACUAAAAUGAACAGUCUCAGAGAACUGCUUGUCACCCCAUGGAAGAGAGGGCAGGGUGAGCCGAGCUCAUUAGCAUUUAAAGGGACAUGCGGCGAAACGGUUCGCUGUGAAGAGAGCUGCUUUUGGCAAGGUAAAAAGGGUGUCGUUUUACACUACCAUUGAGAAAUUUUAACCAAAGUAUAUUGUAGACUUUUCAUUAAGACCCUAAAGAAUCAUAUCAAUGUAUGGAAAAUUGACAUCCGAUGACCCUUUAAAUUCAUGUUGAACUAAUGCACAGAGAAUCUUCAAAUAAUUUAUGAUUUAUGAAGAACUAAGCUAUUUGUUGACAAUUAUAUCAGCAACUAAUAAAUAAUGAAUGGCUUAGUUUCUCACGAGUCAUUAACUGUGAAUUAGUUCAGCGUGAAUGAAUGCAUGUAAGUGCACAGAUUGUAAAGAUCGUAAAAUUGUUGUCAGUUUUACAUUAUAAAAAACAUGACCAGAGAACGUGAUCUAAGUACAAAAACAGAAGAAAGAACCCUAGAGACUGAGAUGGACAUAGAACUGAAAACAAAAGAAGUAAUGUCUGUAAAUGUCUAUUCUGAGUUCUUAAUAUCAACCUACUGUGUGUGUGUGUGUGUGUGUGUUUGAUUAUUUCUUUAUAUUAAUUUUAUAUUAAAAUAUUAAAUGACUAGUUAAUUUUAUACUAGUGUUUUUUUAAAGCAAUACUGUAGCUUUCCAGUGCCUUUGGUAUAACACCGGUUAAAUCAGUGCUGGUCAGAUAAGUCGACUGAUCACUGAGCAAGAAGCAAAUACGAUUAUUCAAUAAAGUUGUUACCAUUA